AACCCACUCCUUAUAAAAGAGAUCGUUGUGCGACGUGACUGCUAAGGUUUGCCCUUGAAAGACAAAGCCUGCUCAUUCUGUGCUAAGCGCCAGUCCUGUGAAGAUGCGUCUUGGAGCGACCGUGCCGAAUUUUUCAGCCGACACCACCACCGGCAAAAUCCAGUUUUACGACUGGCUGCAAGACUCUUGGUGCUUGCUGUUUUCGCACCCAGCCGACUUCACCCCUGUGUGCACCACUGAGCUCGGAAGGAUCGCCGUGCACCAACCAGAAUUCGAGAAGAGAGGCGUCAAGCUGCUCGCUCUUUCGUGCGACAAAAUCAAAUCUCAUUGCGAUUGGGUCAAUGACAUCAAGUCAUACUGCUUGGACAUCAAGGGAGAUUUCCCUUACCCGAUUAUCAGCGAUGAGGAUCGCUCCCUGGCCGUGACCCUUGACAUGCUGGACGAAGAGGCGCGAAACGACCCAGCGGCUGCGAUGGCCGUCAGGGCCUUGUACAUCAUCGGCCCGGAUAAAAAGGUCAAGCUCUCCAUGACGUAUCCAACUUCAACAGGCCGAAAUGUUGAUGAGAUCCUGCGCGUCAUUGAUUCGCUGCAACUUGCGGCCCGCAAGCCGGUCGCCACUCCAGCCAACUGGACGCCUGGAUCCCACGUGAUGGUGCUGCCCACGGUGAAGGAUGAGGAUAUCCCGUCACUUUUUCCAAAGGGCGUUGACACGGUGAAAAUGCCCUCUGGUAUUAACUAUGUCCGAACAACUUUUGACUAUUGAAUUGAAGAGAGGAAUUAUAAUAAAAUAAUUAAAAUGAAAUUUC